AUGACAGCAGAGAUGCCCAUUAGAGCCUUUGGAGGUGUUCUGCCGUUCAUAUACCGCGCCAUUGGCUCAAAACAUCUUCCUGACAGUAAUAUAAGUUUUGUGCAUUUUGAUUCACAUCCAGAUCUCCUUAUUCCUGUGAAUAUGCCAGCUGACACCGUGUUUGAUAAGGAAACUCUUUUUGGAGAAUUAAGUAUUGAGAACUGGAUUAUGCCUGCAGUUUAUGCUGGCCAUUUUUCCAAUGUAAUAUGGCUUCAUCCCACAUGGGCUCAGCAAAUCAGAGAGGGUACACAUCACUUUUUAGUAGGCAAAGACACUUCUACCACAACAAUCAGGGUAACAAGUACAGAUCACUACUUCCUAAGUGAUGGUCUUUAUGUAACUGAAGACCAGCUAGAGAACCAAAAACCUUUACAAUUGGAUGUAAUUAUGGUAAAGCCAUAUAAACUCUGUAACAAUCAAGAGGAAAACGAUGCAGUGUCUUCUGCUAAGAAACCAAAGCUAGCACGGGAAGACGCAGAACACACUGCCUCUACUAACUGUGCCUCUUGUUCAGAAGGAUUGGAAAAGGACACGGUGACCCAGAGAAGGGUCCACACCAGCCUGGAACCUUCAUGUUCACGUUCUUCUGAGAGCCAGGAAUGCCAGACUACAGUCAGCUCUGGAGAAAUUCUGGAAAUUUUGAAGAAAGGGGAUGCAUUUGUUUUAGAUAUUGACUUAGAUUUUUUUUCAGUCAAGAAUCCCUUCAAAGAAAUGUUCACUCAGGAGGAAUACAAAAUCUUACAAGAGCUGUACCAAUUUAAAAAGCCUGGCACCAACCUGACAGAGGAAGAUUUGGUAGAUUGUGUUGAUACUCGAAUUCACCAAUUAGAAGAUUUAGAAGCUACUUUUGCUGAUUUGUGUGAUGGUGAUGAUGAAGAAACUGUACAGAAAUGGGCUUCAAACCCUGGAAUGGAAUCACUAGUUCCACUUGUGCAGAGUUUGAAAAAACGGAUGGACGUGCCAGACUAUGAAAUGGUUCAUCAGGCUGGUCUAACCUGUGAUUAUUCAGAACUUCCUCACCAUAUCAGCACAGAACAAGAAAUUGAGUAUCUUAUUCAGGCUGUAUUUUAUUUACUGAAAAAUUUACCAAAACCUACUCUUGUAACAAUUGCAAGGUCAAGUCUGGAUGAUUACUGUCCUUCUGAGCAAGUGGACGCCAUUCAGGAAAAAGUCCUCAGUGUGCUCCGCUCCCUCUAUGGGACUCUAGACCUCCACCUGGUGUACUCAGCAGAGUCCUCUCCACCUUGAAACAGCAAAACACUGGACUCCUAUUACAUUGCGAUGUAGUAGCAGGUUUUCAUUAACUUAUUUGUAAAUGAGUCUUCCAGAAAACACUUUGUUUUUAUAUUAACUUUGACUUAAAAUCCUUCAGGUAUCGUCAGUUGUUGAAUGAUGGCAGUUUUGUUGGCAUCAAGACUACCCCUGUUGCUUACCUUUCUUCCUUUCUGUAAUUGUCCUCACUUUUGUGAGGGUGUUUUGUUUUUCCUCUUUUCCCUUUUUCCUGUAAGUCGGUUAGACUGUAUGAGAUUCAUUAAUUCAUUGAUUUAUUCACUCAACUAGCUGACAUUUAUUGAGACAUGUGCCAGACAUAAUUCCGUGCUGGUGCUGGGUAUAUGGUAAUGAACAGAACAAACAUGGCCCUGCCCUUUUGAGGGACAGCUAAGAAACAAAUCAUGGAAGGACAGCCACAAACAUGGCCUUAUAGGAAAGUAAUAUUCUUAAAAGCUACUACCAAAAUAAUAAUAACAACAAUAAAACAAACUUGCCAGUUCAUGAAAAUUUUACAGGAAGUCUACCUCUCUAUGAGUGUUUGUUCUGUAGCCCAGCUCUUGCUAAAAAUGCUCUCAGCAUUGUUGGUUGAGGAGGUCUAUUUCAGUAAACUCAACCAAACAAAAAUUAACUCUAGUUUGCUAAUCAGAAAAGCCAUUCUGGAGUUUUGGCCUCCAUGAAGGUAAGUGUGAGCAUUGAUUGUCAUUAUAGUUCGUUCCUAAGUGCCACUUUAUUGGCAGUCUGGGUAGAUACUUUUUUCAAAUAAACCAGCUCUUUAUGUAAAUAGUAGGGAAGAAAUUUAAGUCCUUCCUUCUGGCCUACCAUAAAUACUGCCUUCCACCAGCCUCCCAUGACUAAGAGAGCCUACCUGACUCGCUCUUACAGUAAUCAUGGAACUUUUCAUUUACUUAAUUGGCCAAAGUCUCCCCUUUAGUAUCCCUCAUGUUCAGUAAUCAUUUUUACCUACUUGAUUUCUUUUUCUUUAAAAGGUAGGAUGACAUUUAUAGAAGAAAAAAACCAUUAUUCCUCAGUCCUAACACAGUAGUUGUCUUCAUUUUUGCAUGUAACUUUCAGGCCUUGUGUACCUGUUGAGUUGCAUGUCACUAAAAUUAUAGUGUUACCUAACUUAAUGGCCGGUAGCCACAGUCACAUUACCAUUACCACUCACUAGAUGGCAGCAGAUCCCAUUUUUCCAAUGAUUCUGUUUUUCUUGUCACCAAGUUGAUUUUCCAAGCCUGAUAGUGUGAAUGCUUAUUUCUGUUGUGAAAAGCAAAGCAAAGUGCUUUAACUUUCUAUUUUGGUAGAACAUUAUGUGCCAAAAAGUUUUAUUUCUCUAUAAGAUCAGAAUUGUAAAAUAGUGCUAUUUAUUUUUAAAUUUUUAUUAGAGUUCUGUAAACAGAUGUUACUUUUACGAGUAAAUUAAUUUUGUGUGCUAAAAGAAAUAAACAGGUGUGUAUUGAGGUUUUGAAAUUUUAAACCAAACUGUAGUAUUAAUUAAUUAUAUAUAAUUUCUGUGUGUUCAUAGCAUUGAUCUUAUGGGUCUGGUUUAGCUAGUAGUCAUUUAUUAUAAUUCCCAUGAACUGAUGUGAUUCAUCAUUGUUUUAACUCAGGUAGAACAAGAGGGCAUCAAUUUCCUUUUAGGGACACUUGGAUUGUUUAGUUCUCAUGCUCUGUAAUUCUUUUAGAAGAAUAAAAUUCAGUCCCUACUUGUUGACUAAAACCAA